AUGGCCAGCCGAUCAUUCAAACCGGCGUCAUACUUGGCAUCCGCAGCUCAGGCGGCACCGAAUCGGAGCCCACGCCCGAGCUUUACGAGAACCUCGUCGGCGUCCAGCACUGGCAGUGAGGACAGUCUUCUUGCGACACUACGCAGCAUGAAAAUUGUUGAUAAAGGAGGAGAGAGUUCUACAGCUGUUUUUUUCUCCAGCAUCGUCGCAGGGUUGCAGCUUUGCCCCUCAUUGCCUAAGUCGGUGUGGAGUGCAUCAUGGCCAGCAUCCACACAGCGGGAAUGGCGCUACACUACCACAACACUACGCUGCACUGCACUGCACUACCCCGCCGCCACAUACGCCAGUCAACGUCUGGGAAAGGGGGAUUGGGGUGGUUCUGGGAUCCACGAGGAUGGUUGUAGAUCUGGAUAUCGUGCCGAUGCUAAUUUUUCAUAUCAAAUAGACAACCAUUCCUCAUCUUCUUCCCUCUCGAGACAACUUCGUGAAGAGACUCCCGGACGAAAGAGAAGUCAACCCAUAGCUAUUGAGCUGCCGCAUAAAGAACAAGUCUAUACACCUCUCUCUGCCAGGGGAGAUUUACCUGGUGGCUAUUUUCCAAAUUACGAAGACGUCCCAAGAAUAUAUCGAUCCCAUCCAUUCGGCGAGACAAAGUCCAAAUCCGAAUCGCCCAUCACGUCUGCAUCGUCCUCGCUGAUGUCAUCUCCUGCCUCGGAGACCACACCCAGAGGUGGACCAGGACUCAUGUCUCCUGCCUUCGGUCCCUUGUCGCCUUCGAUCCCAGAGCCUCUCGUCAAGCCCAUGGGCAAAUAUCAUCCUGCGAACUACAAGUCUCCUGCCAAUACUCAAGUCUCGACUCCUACAUCAGCUCCUCGACUUUUGCCACCCACGAAUCUGUCCAUGCCUACAACCAACAAGAGAAACACCAGAGACAGACCUGCUCAUGGUCAUGAGAGGAAGAACUCGGACAUCAAGAGAAAGCUACAACAAUACCAGAAGGACAUGAUCGCACAGGCUCGAUCUGCUGCCUCGAGUUCUAUUGCUGGCACCAUGCGUGGUGAAAGAAAGGAGCCGAAUAGCCCGAAACUACAACCUGCUGGUAGUCCUGGUCCUAUUACACCUUUCGAGCUAGAGGAUCUCGAUAAUGAAGGCUACAUUGAUGCCGGACAUCGUGCUCGACAAGCUUUGGACAGAGAUAGGCAGAAUACUAUGAACACGUUGCAGAACUUCAACUCAUGA